GCUCAGUGGGGGUGAGGGAAGGAGAAAAAAGACGGGAUCUGUUGGACUAAGGGCUGUAAUUAAUCACUCAUGUACGUGACGCGUCUUGCCCUUUAAGCUCCUCGGAAGCCGCUGGCGGCCCGUUGAGCCAGCCCUGACAGCCUCCCUGGGCCAGGCUUUUUUCCUUUCUCUCUCGGCGCCGAGGCAACCUUCCCAGUGUCUCUGCGUGCCUCGCAGCAAGAACUCUCCAGCGAUUCCUGUGAAGCAGCCGCCGCCGCCUCGAACAUCCUGGUAGUACGGCUGACUUCUGUUUUGCUUGUUCUAUAUUAUAACCUUGAAGAACGCAGGAGAGGAUUGUGAGGGUGGGGAUAUUCUGAAUCAUGGACUGUCUUGCUGCAGCAAACACUGCCUUUGCCUUCAACCUUUACAAGGCACUGAGUAAAGAAAAUAAUACAGAUAACUUGUUUUUUAGUCCUUUGAGUAUUUCUUCUGCUUUGGCAAUGGUCUCGAUGGGAGCAAAAGGUAACACUGCAGCCCAGAUGUCAAAGGUACUGGUUAUGACUGGAGAUGAAAAAAUGCACUCAGAAAGUGCAAAAGUCAUUUCUGAAAUCAAUAAACCAGGCACCAAGUACUUGCUUAGCCUAGCCAACAGGCUGUUUGGAGAAUCAUCAUAUGACUUUCUUGCACCAUUUACAGACUCCUGUCAGAAAUUCUACCAUGCAGAUCUAGAGAAACUUAAUUUUGUUACAAAAGCAGAAGAUUCUAGAAAACACAUAAAUGGUUGGGUAGAAGAAAAGACAGCAGGUAAAAUCCAAAACCUGCUUGCCCCAGGAAUAGUUAACGGUCUUACAAAGCUGGUUCUGGUGAAUGCCAUCUACUUCAAGGGAGACUGGGCAAAUCAGUUCCUCAAAGAUCGGACCAUGGAGAAGCCAUUCAGAAUUAAUAAGAAUGAAAGCAGAACAGUGCAGAUGAUGUAUAAGAAAGCUAAAUUUAACAUGACUUACAUACCAGAUUAUCUUACCAAAAUUAUUGAACUCCCUUACAUCGAUAAAGAGCUGAGUAUGAUCAUUCUGCUUCCUGAUGAAAUCGCAGAUGAUUCCACUGGACUGGAAAAGCUGGAGAGAGAAAUAACAUACGAGAAGCUCAUGGACUGGAUCAAACCAGAGAUGAUGGACCUAACUGAAGUUGAGUUAUCUUUACCCAAAUUUAAACUGGAGGAAACAUAUGACCUGAAGCCUGUUCUGAGAAGCAUGGGAAUGACGGAGGCAUUUGACCAGGGCAAAGCAGACUUCUCUGGCAUGUCCUCCAACAAUGACUUAGUCCUGUCUGAGGUGGUUCACAAAUCCUUUGUAGAGGUAAAUGAAGAGGGUACUGAGGCAGCUGCUGCUACCGCAGUUAUUAUGAUGAUGCGGUGUGCAAUGAUUGUGCCGCGAUUCACGGCUGACCAUCCCUUCCUCUUCUUCAUUUGGCACAAUAAAACAAGAAGCAUCUUGUUCUAUGGCAGGUUUUGCUCUCCCUAAGGAACGACUGUCUUGUUUGUGCAGAUAUCCCACUGUUUUCCCUUGGCUACAUAUCAGAGCUUUAAUUUCUUAUCAGAUUCUUAUAAAUUCUAUCUUUUACACUGUGUAACCCAAAGAACUCAUUGAUGCUGCCUUUUCUGGCUACAGCAGCUUUUUUAGAACUCUGUUAAUACCUUAGUAACAGCUGAGCAUACGGACCUCACUCCAUAAGAGGGCAAGAGUUGCUAUUUUAAGCCUUACUCCUAAUUCAUGUUGACACCCGUUUGUUUUCUGUGUGCCUUAUUCAGUUCAGGAGACUUUGAUCUCAUGGACCAUUAGUAAUAUUGGUUAAAAUGAACCAUUCCUUGCUGAACUCUACACCUCACCUGUUUAUCUUUUUUAUGUACUUAAGAGUAGGCGGGUGACUCUUCUGGCAGACUGGCACCAACCCAUGAGAUUUGGUGGCUACCAUUCAUUCUUGAUCUGCCUCUUUCCAAGGUGCUUUGAUCAAAAGAAAGGCGCUGUUAGCAGUCACCAAAAACUUCUGCCCAAAAAGAGCUGUUACAGUGUACCUUCACAUAUAACAUUUUAAGACGUGUAAAAAACGUGCAUUGCCAUUUCCUGGUGUUUAGAUUUCAAAAACAGGAUGUUUGCCUUUCAAAAAAUCUGAUUCACAGGCAUCACUAUGGAUAAAAUGUUGGGGACUUUGGUAUAUUUGUGCUCUGACAAAAGAUGCAGCCAAGCAACUGAUGUGUACUUUGUUUAAUCUCUGAGUGGGUUUUUGAUGCAUCUAUGCAUGGAGUACUAAUGAAAUAAAACAAGAAUUCUUGCCUCUUAAUAUAA